AUGGAAGUCGAGAAUGAGCCCAGAUCCCCACCACUCCCUCAAUCGCAAACCUCGAAACUCAACUUUCUCGACUUUACUAUCGAGAUUCGACUAAAGAUAUACGAGGAACUUCUAGUGGCCCCAGAACCAUUAUCAGUUAUUUUUACUUCAAGCCCAGAUGAUCCAGCACAAUUAAUCGCCAUCAGAGAAGAUAGCGAUUGUUUCUCUCCCCAAAUACUGCGAGUCAGUAAGCAAUUCCAUCACGAAGCGACUCCUCUUCUAUAUGGCAAUAAUCGAUUUCACUUAUCACGUUUGCAUAAAGAAUUCGGAGAUCGCCUGAUGCCGUGCAAUGAAGGCAUUGUUAAAUUUCUCACCCAGGUGGGAAAUUAUAACGCAAGCUUGAUUCGGCAUCUGGGAAUCUAUUUUCCAUUGACUAGGAACGAUUCCGACCCGGACCCGGUGAAGACUCAAGCUCUGGACUUCAUUCACGACAAGUGUACUAGUCUUACAACUGUGAGAAUCUUGCUGUGGAACAGUUGUAAUCUGGAUCGAAGUUCUAGGGGAGUUAAAUUGGACGAGGCUGGUAGUAGCAGCCUCUUUGCAGAAGAUUUGAAGAGAAUAGAUGCGCAAUUGAAGAGGACUUCUUCGCUGAGAGAAAUCAGCCUCGACUUUUGUAUUUGGGGUCCAUGGGAAAUAUCGGAAAUUGAUGACAAGGUGAGACAAUUGAUACAUGAUUGUGGUUGGAAGGUUCAGGUUACGAAGGAGGAAGAGGAAUAUGAGUGUGAGCUCGGUCGAUUUGGGUGGUUUGACUAG